AUGUUCGCCGCAACAUCCACAACAAACGCAGCAAGCGCAGACACCUUGGCUGCUUCCACAUUAUGUUUCGGUUUGAAAGUCAAGAAGAACCGUCGUGCUGGUUGUAUCCGAAAACACAGAAAACUCUUGAGAAGAGUUCCACGUAGACCUCGAGCAGUCAUUAGACGUUUGUUGAAGAAGUGUCGUCGUAAUAGACGUGCUGUGAAGAGAGCUUUGAGAAGAUCAAGAAAAUUGGCUCGUCGUGUGCGUCGUGUCAAGUCCAAGCGUGCUCGUCGUGCCGUUCGUCGUGCUUUGAAGAGAGCUCGUAGACAAGCCAAGAAGAUUAGACGUGCUGCUAGACGUUGUGCUAGACGUGCUUCCAAGAGAGCAAGAAAGGCUAGAAAGUUGGCUCGUCGUCGUGCCAGACGUGCUGCUAGACGUGCUUUGAAGAGAGCUCGCCGAUUGGCAAAGAGAAGAAGAGCAUUGAAAAGACGUGCUGCUUUGAGAAGAAGAGCUUCCUUGAGAAGACGUGCUCGUAAACUUGCCAAGAGAAGAUCAUUGGUUAAGAGAUGUCGUCGAUUUGUGAGAAGAGCUACCAAGAAGGCUGUUAAGAAGGCUGUGAAGAAAGCUACCAAGAAGCUUCAAAAGAAGUUGAAGAAGGUUAAGAAGGCUGCAAAGAAGGCUAUCAAGAAGGCUAAGAAGCAAGUCAAGAAGGCAAAGAAGGCUGUUAAGAAGGCCAAGAAGGUUGCCAAGAGAAGAGUUAUUGUUAGAAGAAGAAGAGCACCAAGAAGAAAGUGCAGAAGAGCAAGAAGAGGAAGAAGAGCUACCAAGAAGGCCAAGAAGGCUGCCAAGAAGAGAGCUGCCAAGAAGGCUGCUAAAAAGCUCAAGAAGCAACUCAAGAAGCUCCAAAAGAAGUUGAAGAAGGCCAAGAAGGCUGCAAAGAAGGCUGCUAAAAAGGCUGCCAAGAAGAGAGCUGCCAGAAGAAAGAUUGUUUUGAAGAAGAAGGCUGCUAAGAAGCUCAACAAGAUUGUCAAGAAGUUGUUGAGACUCAAGAAGAAGCUCGGAAAGAGAUACAAUCCAAAGAAACACCUUCCAAAGAAGGUCCGUAAGAUCUUGAAAAAGUUGAAGCUCCAAAAGAGAUGCAGAAAAAUCAGAAGAAUUAGAAGAACCAGAAGAUGCAGAAGAGCUAACAUCAAGUUCCCACAAAGAUUGUUGAGAAAGUUGAAGAAGGUUCAAAAGAGAAAUUAA